AUGGGAAAAGAUCAAGAGCUGCUGGAGGCAGCAAGAAGUGGAAAUGUUACAAUUGUCGAGAAAAUACUUGGUCAGCGAGCACGAAGGAGUGGUCCAUUGGCAAGUCUUCGUCGAGGUCCUGGAGCUAACGUGCAAGAUGCCAGCGGAUAUUCAGCCUUACAUCAUGCAGCAUUAAAUGGCCAUAAAGACGUUGUGAAAUUGCUAUUGCAGCAUGAAGCAUCGACAAAUGUUGUUGAUGCAAAAGGAUCUUCACCUCUGCACUUGGCAGCAUGGGCUGGAGAUGCUGAGAUUGUCAGAUUAAUUCUCAGCCAAGGUCCAUCUGUACCAAAUGUCAAUCUUACGACAAAAGACAAUGAAACAGCGCUACAUUGUGCAGCGCAAUAUGGGCACACUGAAGUGGUAGCACAGCUGCUGCAGUACGGAUGUGAUCCUAGUAUCCGUAACAGCCGGGGCGAAUCAGCACUCGAUCUUGCAGCUCAGUAUGGCCGAUUAGAAACGGUACAAUUGAUAGUGAGAACACAUCCAGAGCUCAUCGAACCACUUCGUAAUUCUUCCUCAUCGCUAAUCUUCCCUCACACACCGCUGCAUCUAGCUUCACGAAAUGGCCACAGGGCUGUUGUUGAAGUUUUACUGGCGUCUGGAGUUGAUGUAAAUACAAGAACUUCUGCUGGCACUGCGAUGCAUGAGGCUGCACUUUGUGGUAAAAUGGAAGUCGUAAGAACACUAUUAGACCGUGGAGUUGAUUUAGGAAUACGUGACGCAAGACAUAACACAGUACUAGAUCUUCUGGGACAAUUUCCUCCUCACGUUACUCAUGAUAUUACAGCUGUUAUCAAAAGACAUCGAUCAUCUUCUGGAAUAGAGAGUGAUGCUGACGGUGAGCAUAUUCCACAAACAAAUGAUAUUCUAGGCAGUCCGUACGACAACGCAUUGGAUCUAUCUCCCGUGGAAGGUUCUUCGCCGACGCAAUGGCAGUUUUAUCAUAAACCGCGAGACGAGGACCGCCGAGUAUCCGGUACUUCAGUCAUGUCCUUCGGGGAUUUCGAGGGCAACAUUUACUACGAUGCCUCAGAAUUACAAGUGACCGAGAGUUACUCAGAUCCAAGCUCCUUCUUCGACAGCGUAUUGAUGUCCAUAUCAGACACUCUCAACUCAAUAAAUACACUUGCAAGUUCUGUUCAGACAACACCCGAUGACAACAAUAAAUUUAUUGACAUUUCUAUCAACAAAAACAACAACAACAACAGCAACAACAACAACAACAACACAUCAGUAUCACCGCGAACACGGGGCUCUGACAGCGGGUUAUAUCAGACGCCACCGGCGCCUCGGUGUACUGAGGGCAGUUACGUCUCUGAGGAUCUGUCCUUGACAUUGCCCGCGGGAUUCACUGGUAGAGAGUCUGAUCAGUUAAGCGUCUCUUCUUCAUCGAGUAUUGGUGGACCUAGCCCUCGGGACAGACGGUGUCUACCUAAUGAUUCUGGUAUUUCUGGAAUUUAUUUGCCGAUGGCUCCAUUAUCUAGUUCACUUCACAGUCCUGCUUCUAAUAGUAAAGUCUCGCCGACUCCACCGAAAAAACCACCUCGAAGAAAUCUGUCAGUAUCACCAACUCAUUUACAAACUCAGAUGUCGUUAUCAGCAGACUGUUCUCUUGGUCCCAGCAAUUACGAGUAUUUAUUUCUUGCGCGAAGUGGAGCUCGAAGUCACAUUGAUCUUGAACAACUUCAAACUCGAAGAGAUCAAUUGCGUCAUGUAACCAGAAGCGUUGACCAGUAUGUAGACAUGAAAGCAAGGUACAGUGGUCCCGAAAGCAUAAAUAGACGGGCAGGUGAAGAACCAGUUGCUCUUACCGCUGUUUACGGUGAUCGUUUGAUAAAACUCCAAAAUCCUCGACGUAAAUUACGGAGACACUGUGAAAGAGCUUAUGAAAAUUACGAUGUGGAUAACAAUGCUCCGGUUGACCAAUCACCAACCAGUGAAACUUUACACGAUCAAACAUUCGUUUCAAACGCAUUUCUUACGCUAAAGUCUUCCCAGGAAAGUCUGCUGGACGACAGAAAAGAUAAUGGUGAUCUGACCGAGGAACUUAAAACUGCUGGUGCAGGAGAAGCUACAGAUAAAAGACUAAAGAGGGUACAGAUGCUUAUUCCAACGAGUCCUACUCACUAUAUUCAACCGCCUACUCCAGAUCAUCCUCCACCUUCCGCUCUGCAGGCAGAGAAAUCUAUUCACGAACGAAUUCGUCCACUCAGUCAGAUUUACAAACGUCGGUCACGUGACAUGGAGACUGAAACGGAGGAGGAUUUGUUGCAAUUUCAACCAAGUGGCUCAUUAGACGCCUCAAGUGGUUCAUUAUCAAGCGUGUCCUUAUCCGACAAAAGUAUGUCCAACGACAACGUCGAGGAGUACUUUGGUGACGUACCGUUUGCAGGUUUACUGAAGGGCUCGGUCACGGCGGAGCGUCCGCGAACACUUAGACGGCUGAGGAACGUCUACACGGGUAAUUCCGGAAUGGGAACCGGCAGCACAGAUUCCUCAAACGAGCGGAUUAUCGACAAUGCCAACGCGGAUCCUCUGCUUCGGGAAAAAGACCGGGACAGGGACGAAAAAUCCCUGAGUAUUAUGAGUCCCUUUGACGAGCAAGAGGAGUGGGCUAAAAUAUCUGAAAUUAUGGCUUCUUUCGGAACUGGACUUGUCAGAGAAUCUGUAUUUGUUAAUGAGCUGGAGAAAGAAUUUCAGUCGAGACUUGGGAUAGGAUGUGAAACAAAUAGCCCAACGGUUACGACAACUAUAGGACAGUGGUUGUUAAAUUUAGGUUUCGCAGAUUACGAAUCACUUUUUUUAAAUUAUGGUUUUGAUGACCUUGAAUUUAUUAACGGCGUGUUGGAGGAAUCGGACCUAAAAGACAUGGGAAUAACGAGCGACACGGAGCGCGCUGUGAUAAUGAACGCCUCGUUGUUGCUGAACAAGCGCGUCGACAAAAGAUCUGGCUCACAGGCGAAGACCGUCGAGGAGUGGCUCAAGGGGAUAAAUUUAGAUAACUACCUCGAGACUUUUAAAAAACAUCUCUACACCGACAUGGAUCGGGUUAAGAGAGUUUGGGAAGUUGAACUUGCGGCGGUCCUUGAGAUCCAAAAACCCGGGCAUCGGAAAAGAAUUUUGGCCUCGGUUACCGGUCCCACUCCAAGAUCUUUAGCUUUGGCUACUAAUGGACGUCCUCCCAAUUUAGAUGACAUCAACAAGGAUCUCAAUAAUUUAAAAACUAAUAUUCAGCAGUUAAAGGAGGAGAUUCGCGACAAGCUACCCGAGACCCAGAACUCCCAGAACUCCCAAAACUCCCAGAACAAUGGAAAUCCUCCGACGACCCAAAAUUCUUCGACGACUGUCGUAACUGGAACUAAUGCAGUGACCAUGGGUACCUUGAGACACAGAAAGAAUCGGCCAGCACCUCAGCCACCUCAUCCUCCUCAGCGACCUCAAAACGGGACACCCUCUGCUGAACAACUGGAAAUACGAGCACCCUCAGAGCUACUUUUUGGCGUACCCUCGACUCUCAAAACUCAAUGGAGGCAUCAGCCCAAGGUUCUAGUCACUGGCAAUAUCACUUAUGUUGCCAAUUACUUGGGGUCUACCGUCGUAAAAGAAUUGCGUGGAACAGAAUCCACCAAAAAGUCUAUACAGAAGCUCAAAAAUACAUGCAGAGAUCCUCGUGUUAGUUUGGCCAUAACACUAGCGAUUUCUUACCGCGGGGUUAGAUUUUUGGAUACAAAUACCAAUGAACCGAUUUGUGAUCAUGAAAUCCGUAAUAUUCACUGCGCUUGCCAAGACGCUGACGACCUAACGCAUUUCGCCUACAUAACUAAAGAUCACGCAAGCCGUACACAUUUUUGUCAUGUAUUUUGUGUAUCUACAAUGGACCAAGCAACCGAGGUAAUUCUAACACUGGGGCAAGCAUUUGAAGUGGCUUAUCAAAUGGCGUUGAAAGACAAACUGACCGGAACUGGAACUGGAAAUGGAAACAGCCAAACUGUCCGUUCACACACAAAUGUAAAUACAAAUUCAAAUUCAAAUUCUCAUUGCAAUAUUAACAUGAGCACAAAUUCACAUACUGGGAUAAAUGUCACCGUUGGAAGUAAUUGCACUUCCAGUGGGAAUUCAAAUGCCAAUACUAAGGGAGGACCAGUGCCGGUACCGCCAAAGCCCCUGGUAACGCACGGGCGCUCACACUCGGUAAACGACAUCAAGAUUAAUGGGAAUCAGUUAAAGCUCGUGCCAACUCCGGUUGAUGACAUCGGAAUCGGCGUCAAAGACAUGAAAGCUGGCUCUCGAGCACCCAUUGCCCUUUCUGAAGAGCUAUAA